UUCCUUUGUUCAGUCUAUGUCCCGAUGUGCACGGAGAAGAUUAACAUCCCCAUAGGUCCCUGUGGUGGCAUGUGCCUCUCUGUCAAAAGAAGAUGUGAACCCGUUUUGAAGGAAUUUGGGUUUGCCUGGCCAGAUAGCCUGAACUGCAGCAAAUUCCCACCCCAGAACGACCACAACCACAUGUGCAUGGAGGGCCCAGGAGAUGAGGAGGUUCCCCUUCACAGCAAGACCUCCUUGCAGCCUGGAGAAGAGUGCCACAGCAUGGGAUCUAACUCGGAUCAGUACAUCUGGGUGAAGAGAAGCUUGAACUGUGUCCUCAAGUGCGGCUACGAUGCUGGUCUCUACAGCAGGUCGGCUAAGGAAUUCACAGAUAUCUGGAUGGCUGUGUGGGCCAGUCUUUGCUUCAUCUCAACUGCCUUCACAGUCCUGACCUUCCUGAUUGAUUCAUCCAGAUUUUCCUACCCGGAGCGCCCAAUCAUAUUUCUGAGUAUGUGCUACAAUAUUUAUAGCAUUGCUUAUAUUGUGAGGCUAACUGUGGGCCGGGAAAGGAUAUCCUGUGAUUUUGAAGAGGCAGCAGAACCUGUUCUUAUCCAAGAAGGUCUUAAGAACACAGGAUGUGCUAUAAUUUUCUUGCUGAUGUAUUUUUUCGGGAUGGCUAGCUCCAUCUGGUGGGUUAUUCUCACACUGACGUGGUUUCUGGCUGCGGGACUCAAGUGGGGCCAUGAAGCUAUAGAAAUGCACAGCUCUUAUUUCCAUAUCGCAGCCUGGGCUAUCCCCGCAGUGAAGACCAUCGUCAUUUUGAUUAUGAGACUCGUAGAUGCAGACGAGCUCACCGGUCUGUGCUAUGUUGGGAACCAGAACCUAGAUGCACUGACGGGCUUUGUUGUCGCUCCGCUUUUUACCUACCUGGUCAUUGGGACUUUAUUCAUUGCAGCAGGACUCGUGGCCUUAUUUAAAAUCAGGUCUAAUCUCCAGAAAGAUGGAACUAAAACUGACAAACUGGAAAGGCUGAUGGUGAAAAUCGGUGUCUUCUCAGUGCUGUACACCGUCCCGGCAACGUGUGUCAUCGCCUGUUAUUUCUAUGAAAUCUCCAACUGGGCUGUGUUCCGCUAUUCCGCGGAUGAUUCCAACAUGGCAGUGGAGAUGCUCAAAAUCUUCAUGUCCCUCCUGGUGGGUAUCACGUCGGGUAUGUGGAUUUGGUCAGCCAAAACUCUGCACACAUGGCAGAAGUGCUCAAACAGGCUGGUGAACUCAGGGAAAGUGAAGCGGGCGAAGAGAGCGGAUGGUUGGGUGAAACCUGGGAAAGGGAAUGAGACUGUGGUGUGAGACAAGGACGGCACCACGAGGGUCUGACCACCCUCCUGUGAAGGACUGAUGGUGUGUGAGCAUUGCUGUGUAAAGGUUGGAGUAGAGUAGGGAGAUGGUUACAUAACCUGCCUCUGGGGAAUGGGAGGAAAAAAAAGCCUUAAAGUAUAAACAGCAAAAAGGUCAU